AUGGGUUGGAAAAAAGCUUGGGCUUUUGCACUGGUGGUGUCCUUCGAACCAGGCCACUGCAUCGAGACUCCGCGUGGUGCUCGCUCGGCGCCACGGCUCGGGGGCCGAGAUGGUCCCCAGAAGCAGCUCCAUCCUGACAAGGUGUCGGGAAUACACCUCCAGGGAGCGAACCCGGCGUGGAUAGGUCCGUUCGAGCUGCUGUCGGAAGAGGAGCUGAGAUGGUGGAAGGAGAGCAUGUUCGGACCCGACGAGAAACCACCGCCGGCGCCUAGCGUUCCCGAUGGAGACAACGAACUUUCACCGACAACGACAGCAGCAGAAGAGGAAGGGCCGAAAGGGCGGUGGCGCAGAGUGCCGAGAUGGAACAGCGAUUGUUUGGCUGCUCUGGUCGAGCGAGUUUCUCGGGCGGUUGGAAACGCCUCAGAUGAAGGGGGGAGGGCCCUUCAGACGCUGGCGGGACGCUCCGUGGUGCUGGGGAGAGAAGGGGGUGUGUGGCUCAGGAGACGAUGGCGCAAGAAGGCAGUCUACUUCCUGGUCGGGGUGUACGGGCUCCGGUUGGCGGGACGAGUGGUCGCGAGGGUGAAGGCGAACGCGCUGAGCGGCGGCGACAUUAUCCUCGAUGCCGAAGACCAAAAUCUGCUGAACCGAGGCGCGGUGCUCGACACGGAGGGCCAGGCUAUCAUCCUCAGGCUUCGCGAGCUCGGGCAACCCGCCGCCACCUCCGCCGCUACCGAUGUCGCGACCGCUCCCGCUGCUGCUGACCCGCAACGGAAACAAUCGAAGGGGGCAACCACGCAACUGAGCACGUACAAUAGCACAGAUGGCGAUGAUGGUGUUAGUCUUGCCGCCGGGGGAAUGGGGGAUGUCGGCGGCGGGUGGGGAGCCGUGGAGAGCGGCAUCCGACAAGCGAUCGGCUUGCGAUGCGCCGGUCGGGGCGGAGGGUUAGCCGGGGGGAGGGCCCGAUAUGCGGACGAGCUUGCGGAGGCCCUGCGAACACUCGAGGAGGCUAGGGACGAGGCAGACUUGGAAACUGUUGGGCCUCAGCAUGCCUCCCUCGCAGAGCAAGCGGUCUUGCUCGUGCAGGCGCGGCUCUGUGACGUGUCCUUGCGAUCGCUCCGGGACGGGCUGGUGCGUGCUUCGUCGGACCUGUCGGACUUAUCGUCUUAUUGGAAGGAUCAGAGGUCGGCCCACAGACGCAUGGGGGUCGUCAAGUCGGUCGUGCUUGGAAGGGUUGUCCACGGGAAGGCUUCCGGCAAGCGCGUUGCGGUGGAGAAGGACCAAGAGAACGUUUCCACCGCGGAGUUGCUGCUAGAGGGCUACUUGAAGAGACUGGGGGGUGUCCAGGCCCAUCUACAGGCGCGACCGAAGCCUUGCCUGGGAUCCUCCUCGUCAGCGGCAGAGGAAGGGGCUAGCGUGUUUUCUCCGGUUGACGUCAUAGCUCUCGAAGCCUGGGUACAAGAGGGCAUGGAUUUGUUCCUCGGAUCCCUGGAGUACGUAGAGGCGGCUCUCAAGCAAAAUAAAACAGCACCAGGCGAAGACGGCGACACCAAUAACGGUAUCGCCGCUGGCCACGUUAGCCACAGUGCAAGCCCCAUUAAAAGCGAAACAUCUCUGGAUGUGGUUGGAGCCAUUGCUCCAGCAGGAGCAACAUCAGAGACGGCGGUAAAGCAGGGGUCGGGCAUGCCGACAGCCAACGACGCCUUCGAGAGGAUCACUGUUAGCGGCACUUCUUUUGCCUCCAAACCCGAUGACGUGUUUAACGCCAUGCAGCAGCUUCGGGCAGGCGGAAAAUGCGGUGGUGGCCAUGACAGUGGAAGUGCACCGUUGCCCUCGGGCGCUACAACGAGUCCAGCCCCUCGUGGUGUGGUGACCAGUGCUGUCCCUGCUGCUGCUUACGGCAGCGGUCACCGUUCUCUCCCCGCUAUUCUCCUGUUGCGUUCAAAGCCCAAGAAGACGAAAGCAGUGGCGGAAGAGGGGGGACGGGGAUGGGGCGCUGCAAAGUCGCCGGGGAACAAAGAUGUGUCACCAUCAUCAACAGCACCAUCAUGGGGUGCACGCCGUGCGGCAAAGAAGCGGGACCUCGAAAAGGUGGAACGCAAGAACACUGCCACCAAGCCUACCUCCAGUCCGAAGCCAGGCUCAGGAGGAAAACAAGAGGGGGGUGGGCCGAGAUGGGGGAAACGUGCCACAAUGAGGCAGCCGAACAGUCGCGAGAAGGGAGCAGCAGCACAAGCGGGCAAAAAGCAAGAGAGCCGGGGCGGUAAAGGCCCCGAGGUCUCGGGUGGCCUAUGGGAGUGGCUCCGGCAAGGAGAAGAGUCCACUGCCGGAAAGAACGCUCGCGACAACGGCAGCGCUGCGAAGCGGUCGGCUGCUCCUGAUGCUGAAAUAAAGGGGAGAAAGGGAGCCGCUCGGGAAAGUGCUGAUGCUCUCAAGGCGACGGCUACCAAGAAAGAGCGUGGUGGCGGCCGCGACAGUGACAGCGGUAGCGCUUCGAAGGGUGGAGUAGGAGCAGGGUCUGUGUCGUCAUCGUUGCCUCCCAUGGCGGCGGCGCUACAUGAGCCGCCGGCCGAUCGCGCUGGGAUGGACAGGACACUGCGGCCGGGGCCUGAGAUCGGAGCUAAACCCAAACGUGCAACUCCCUCCGAACCGAGUUUGUCAGCAGAUCAGGACGACGACUUUUUUCUCUUUGGCCCUUUCGUCUCGCGGUCGACCAGCUCGUUGUCGACGCCUGAUGUCUACGCCCGAGCCCUGCAGCGCGACGAAGAAUACGCGAGGGUUAGGAGAGAACAGUUGAUCGGACGGAAGCACGGUGGCCUUUUGGUUUCCGGCGAGGAGAGUGUGACAGCAGUGGACGGCAGUGGCUUGACCAUCAGCAGCGCCGCCUCGCCUUUGUCCGACGACGACGUCGGUUCCGCCGCUGGAAACACGACGGCCUCUUCUGGCGUAGGGUUGCUUUCAGCUUGCACUAAUCGUUGCGCGGCCGCCUGUAUGACGGUCGCCGAGGGAAUCUCCCACUGGACGAUGGCCUUGGUGACCUCACCGGCGACGCUAGUGCGAGCCGUAGCCAGCGUUGUGGUUUCCGGCGAGGAGAGUGAGGCAGCAGGGGGCGGCAGCGACUUGCCUUUGUCCGACGACGACGUCGGUUCCGCCGCUGGAAACGUAACGGCCUCUUCUGGUCAAGGGUUGCUUGCAGCUUGCACUGGUCGUUGCGUGGCGGCCUGCAUGUCGGUCGCCGGAGGAAUUUCGCACGGGACGAUGGCCUUAGCGACCUCCCCGGUGAAUCUGGUGCGAGCCGUAGCCAGCGUUGUGGUUUCCGGCGGGGAGAGUGAGGCAGCAGGGGGCGGCAGCGACUUGCCUUCGGCCGAUGACGACGUCGGUUCCGCUGCUCGAAACGCAACGGCCUCUUCUGGUAAAGGGUUGCUUGCAGCUUGCACUGGUCGUUGCGCGGCCGCCUGCGUUUCGGUCGCCGGAGGAGUCUCCCACGGGACGAUGGCCUUAGUGACCUCCCCGGCGACGCUGGUGCGAGCCGUAGCCGCAAGCGUCACCCGUUCGAAUGAUGACCUUGGCACCGGUGGCGAAGAAGAUGCCGUCGGGGCCGGUGUGACGGCCAUGACUACACCGAGGGUUGGCGAAAAGGCGGCAGUGGGAGGUGGCCGCAACGGCAUUUCUGUCAGCAGCGGCGGAAGUUCUCCGUCGCGCGACGGCCUCGGUCCCGCUGCCGGAACAGUCACUGGCGGGAUGCUUGCGGCUUGCGUUGGCCGUUGCGUAGCCGUGUGCGGGUCAGUCGCGGGAGACAUCUCGCGCGGGACGGUGGCGGUGGUCAAGUCGCCGGCGAGGCUGGUGAGGGCCGUAGCCGGCAGCGUCUCUCUAUCCAAGAUUGACCUCGACGACGGAGAUGAAGAGGUAUCUCCAGCGGCUGGCGCCGCAGCCAAGGCCACACCCACUGCUAGAGCCCCGGGGACAGCGGGAGACGGCCACGAUACGGCCAGCGCAAGCAAGGGCGAGGACGGCCACCACGACGGCGCGCAGCCGACGGGCUACUCCCUGGACUACCUCUACCGGUCGGUGGCCGGCAGCGUCUCGUCCGGCUACGAGAAAUUGGCCGCGACAGUGCACACCGUGUCAAACGCGACGUUUGCCACGAUCGACCUCGAUGACGACCACAAGCCGGCAGCAGAUGAGGAAGUAUCCGAGGCGAAAGAGGUGGUCAGAAGCUUCAACAUCAGCAGCAUGGUGACGCGUCCUUUCGAGGUGGUAGUGGUGCGUCCCUGCUCUGUCCUGUGCGAGCUGGUUGCCGGAGGCGUCUCGGCCUGCUACGGAGGUGCCGGGCCGCCCGGUGGCAGGGCGGUUGCCGAGGUUGCCGCCAAGCUCAAGCGCCGGGGAGGACAUCUCUGCGUCCUGGUCGGGAAGGGAGUGUCCUCGGGCUUCGUGGCGACGACGGCGUCGGUGUGUCUCGCGGGAGGCGCCGUCGUGAAAGGCCUCGAGAAGUCCGCAAGCGUCGCCGGACGAACGGCCGGCGUGGCGCUGUCCGCACCGGGCAAGCUUUCGCGGGCGUUCGCGACCGGCGGCGGAAGAGCGGGUCGGUCGGCAGGACGUGCCGGGGGAAGUGUCUCGCGGGCGGUCGUGACCGGGAGCGGCAGGGCUGGGCGAUCGACGGCCGCGGUGCUCACCGCGAGCUGGCUGUGCACGGCAGCGACGGUGUGCAUGCUGGGUGAUGCAGCGGCGCAGGGCGCCGUCGUGUCGACCAAAACCUGCCUUGGCUGCGUCGAGCUCGCUGGCCGUGUGCUCUUCGUCCUGCCCGCGAAGACUGCGGUGCGUGUCGUCGACGUCGCACUUCGCCCGUUCUCUGGAGGUGGCCGUGGUAGAGAAGGCAAAAAGAAAUCCACCCAGGCGGGAGAUGGCGGGGUGACAAGGCCAACGGCACCAGCGACAAAGUCAAAGGCACCAGUGAUAAAGUCAACGUCACCAGCGAUACAGUCAACGGCACCAGUGAGUCAAACGACAACGAAGCCGGCAUCCUCUGGAGCGAUGGGUUCGGCACCGUCGGUCGGUAGCUGGGCUGCUAGGGCGUGGGCGUUCCCCGUCUCCCUGCUGGGAAGACGCUCCUCGCCGUCCAGCCUGAUAGACCCCAUCUCCCUGCCGGACCCUUCGUCUUCCAGCGGUUACGACAGCGGUGUAGGUGCCGACCUCUCGUUGCCGUCGCCGUCCAAGGCGCAGAAGGCGGAAGCGGCGCUAGCGCAAUGGGUGUGCUCGGCACCCUCGACCGACGUUCCACAGGACAGCGGACGCCGGAGUCGCUCGCUUGUGGAUGGCGCCUCGAGAGCACGGAAGGUGGCGCUACCCAGCAGAAGCACCAGCAGCGGAAAGCGGAGUAGGAGCGCGAUCGCCGGCCCCGUUGCCGUCGGCGGUGUUGCGAGAGCACCUUGCAUCACUCGGGCCUUGCGUUCGCUCGCGGCGAAGGAGGCAGCGGAAGCGGGCGCCGCGCGCCCUGCUCACUGGAGGAGGCUGCGCAGGGCCGCGCGCUUGGCGGUCGUGGUACCGGUGGCGGUGCGGUCGGCAAGGUAUGCGCGCAGCAAUAGGGAGGAGCUGGGACGAAUCACCACCGAGGCGGCGACGGGGGUUUCCAGCUUCUUUUCGGACCAGCUGUGGCAACCGUGCGAGGCGAUCCGAAAGCAAGUCUUCUUCCGCGAGCGAUCGGAGCUGAUGGACAAGGACUCCCUCGAGGACGCGGAGACGAGCCUCCAAAACAUGCUCCACGACUUCGUUUACGACGACAAGAACAACGUCCCGGAGGACCUCAGGGAGGAGGCGGUGGCAGCAAUGGACAUGUCAGUCGUGAGCCGCGAGCUGGAAGAGGAGACAAAGUACUCCAUUCGUGGCACAGUGAACGGUCGGAUCCCGCGCAUGCUGUUCAUUCAGGCUACGUUCCUCAAGAAAGAGCUCCUGCACUCGAUGCAGGCCAUCGACGAGCUCUUCCAAGCAAAUCAGGUCACCCUUAGGCUGAUCAGCGUCAUACCGGCAGCGCUCCUCCUCUUCGCGGUGGCCAAGGUGUCCGGGCCUUUCGUGCACGCGGCGUCCUCCCGGCGGCUGGAGCCCACGACCGCCGUCCACCGAUCCAUGCGCGCCUCCUUGCGGGAGAUCGAGCGGCUGCUGACGUCAAGCAGGGGGUUCGUGGGAAGCCAUGAGCCCGUCGGAGAGGAGGCAGAGGGAUUCGCAAGCCGUGGCCUCCUGCAGGACGAAGAGAUGGGAAAACUGGCGCUCCACAUGCACGAGCUGCAGACCACCUUGAGGCAAAACGCCUCCCGCUUCGACUCCAGGGCGAGGAGGAGGCUGGAGGAGGACCUCACCGACCUGAUGGCGCGGGGCCGCCCGACGGUGUCGCAGCAGAUCGCGGUGGUGCACCGCAUGCAACGUUCGUACCCGUUUCUCCGCGCGGGUGGAGGAGGAGGAGAAACGUAG